AGAGUAUUGACUAGACGACCAUCUUUUUCUCUUCUCCGGCUCUCUUGCUCCUCCAAAUUUUGAACUACAUGGCUUCUAUUAUUGCAAGCUUGCCUCCCCCAUUGUUGGCCCAAAGUAGAAGAAACACCUUACUCACAGCUCUCCCAAAGCUACCAGUGUGUUCCUUUAAAGAGCGACAGAACCGUGUUGCUGUCGUGGUGAGGGCUACUAGUGAAAGCUCCGAGUCCUCUACCUCACUCAGUAUAGUUAAGUCUGUUCAGAAUGCUUGGGAUAAUUCUGAGGAUCGAAUAGCUCUUGUUGGCUUGGGAUUUGCAGCUGUUGUGGCUCUUUGGGCAUCAGCAAAUCUGAUUACGGCAAUUGACAAGUUGCCGCUUCUCCCAAGUGUGCUAGAAUUUGUUGGAAUACUCUACUCUUCGUGGUUCAUAUAUCGUUAUCUCUUAUUCAAACCUGAUCGGGAAGAGCUUUUUCAAAUCGCCAACAAAUCAAUAUCAAAUAUCUUGGGCCAGUGAUUGAGGGUGCAAGUCCAGAUAUAAAGAUGUUCUUUUGGAGGAAGGGGUGACACGAACAAGUUACAACAAUUUGUAUUGCAGUGGCAGUGAAAACAUGACCACAAUGUAUAUUUGGUGCAAGCCUUUUGUUAUCCUAUCUGUAUUCUAUAUUCUAUUGAGCUUGUUGUCUUUA